CGGCGGAGGCUCCGGGAGCGCCCAAGGCGCAGCGCGCUCAGUCUCCGGCCCCGACCCCCUGAGCCCCCGCCUUCCCUGACCACCCCUGAGUCCAGCGGCGGCGGGUCUGGAGUUCCACUCUGAACAGCAGCGGCACCUUGCGGAACAGGGUCCUUGCCUUUCCGGGGCGCAGGGCCAUGAGCCCUACAGCCACCUGAGGCACAGGGGGCGUCGCGCAGCUCAGACCGCGACCCCGAAGUUUCGAGCUCUCGUCUCUGCCCUGCAGGGCGCUCGCGUCCGGCCCCGGCGAAGGCGUCCUCGUAAGAACGGCCGGGUGGGGGCAAUGGAACCCGCGGGCCAAGCACGGGAGGCAGCCACCAAGCUGUCGGAGGCGGUGGGCGCAGCGUUCCAGGAGCCCCGGCGGCAGCGACGCCUAUUGCUGGUCAUUGUGUGCGUGGCGCUGUUCCUGGACAACAUGCUGUACAUGGUCAUCGUGCCCAUCGUGCCCGACUACAUCGCCCACAUGCGCGGCGGCAGCGAGAAUCUCCUCCCGACUCCGGAAGUGUGGGUGCCCACCCUGCCGCCGCCGCCCACUCCAGCCAAUGCCAGUGCCAACCCUGUCAACAGCUCAGAGUCCCCGACGGCUUCAUGGCCGGCCGGGUCUGCCCUGCGGCCCCGCUACCCCACGGAGAGCGAGGACGUGAAGAUCGGGGUGCUGUUUGCCUCCAAGGCCAUCCUGCAGCUUCUGGUGAACCCCCUCAGCGGGCCCUUCAUAGACCGAAUGAGCUACGACGUGCCGCUGCUCAUCGGCCUGGGCGUCAUGUUCGCCUCCACCGUGCUGUUCGCCUUCGCGGAGGACUACGCCACGCUCUUCACCGCGCGCAGCCUGCAAGGCCUGGGCUCGGCCUUCGCGGAUACGUCCGGCAUAGCGAUGAUCGCCGACAAGUAUCCGGAGGAGCCCGAGCGCAGCCGCGCGUUGGGCGUGGCGCUGGCCUUCAUCAGCUUUGGAAGCCUUGUGGCGCCGCCCUUCGGGGGCAUCCUCUAUGAAUUCGCGGGCAAGCGUGUGCCCUUCCUGGUGCUCGCCGCCGUGUCGUUGCUCGACGCGAUGUUGCUGCUGGUCGUGGCCAAGCCCUUCUCCGCCGCGGCGCGGGCGCGGGCCAACCUGCCGGUGGGCACACCCAUCCACCACCUCAUGCUGGACCCCUACAUCGCCGUGGUGGCGGGCGCGCUCACCACUUGCAACAUCCCCCUCGCUUUCCUCGAACCCACCAUCGCCACGUGGAUGAAGCACACGAUGGCGGCGUCGGAGUGGGAGAUGGGCAUGGUCUGGCUGCCAGCCUUUGCGCCUCACGUGCUAGGCGUCUACCUCACCGUGCGCCUGGCGGCGCGCUACCCACACCUGCAGUGGCUCUACGGCGCGCUCGGGCUGGCCGUGAUCGGUGCCAGCUCGUGCGUGGUGCCCGCCUGCCACUCCUUUGCCCCACUAGUGGUCUCGCUCUGCGGCCUAUGCUUCGGUAUUGCGCUGGUCGACACCGCUUUGCUGCCCACGCUCGCCUUUCUCGUGGACGUUCGCCACGUUUCGGUCUACGGAAGCGUCUAUGCCAUCGCUGACAUCUCCUAUUCCGUGGCCUAUGCGCUGGGGCCCAUAGUGGCGGGCCAUAUCGUGCAUUCGCUCGGCUUUGGGCAGCUUAGCCUUGGAAUGGGCCUGGCCAACCUGCUCUACGCGCCUGUCCUGCUCUUGCUGCGCAACGUGGGCCUCCUGACGCGCUCCCGCUCCGAGCGCGACGUACUGCUUGAUGAACCACCGCAGGGUCUGUACGAUGCCAUGCGCCUGCGUGAGUGCCCUGUGUCUGACCCGGACCGCGCGCCUCGCAGCCCACCUGGCCCGUUUGACGAGUGUGAGGAUGACUACAACGACUACUACACCCGCAGCUAGCAGCCCCGCUCCUCCUCCACGCCACCCACCCCUUUCCCGCUCGGGUCAAAGUGGCUGCUCUCUGAGCGCACUCGCAGCGCAGGCUCAGGGCCCACCUCUCCUGCGAGC